CUCGGUUCAAAAACUAACGGUUGGGCCAAGACAUGGAAGUGUCUGGUCCUAAACCUCCGGACCCUGAACCAGAGUCUGAGCCUUAAAAGCUAAGCUUAGUUGCGGGGGCGAGUCAGCCCUGAAGGCUUACGGAGUGGUAUGGAUCAGCUUCCAUUCUAUGAGCCGACAUGCCUUCUUACAGCUUGAGGCAUGGGUUAUUAUCCUCCUUGUAAGCUGUAAGCUGUAAGCGCAGCCUUUCCAAUUGACUAAAAGCCCCAAGCGUCCCUGACUAUAUCUCGAUUGCUUGAUUUCUGAUUCUCUUCGAUUAUGAUUUCUGAUUCAGUUACGAGGGUUCCUCAGCCUUGAUCAUCUGCUUUAUCGACUAAUAACAUCUUCCUCUUUCCCUUCAAACCAUAAUCAACUUCCAGAGCAUAUACAAGCGAGGACAUGAGGGGCGACUAUUGCUAACACAGGCGUUGCUGACUUGUCACCAACUUCACAAUGGAGCCGCUUCGGAACGUAUCACGACAAGACUCUGAAAAGUCUGAAGCCCGUCGAGAAAUAAAUCGAUCCAACUCUGCCGUCCAACAUGUCACCGAUACCAUGAUCGCCGUCACGGAAUCUUUUCGCCAUCAUUAUCAACAACAAUAUGGCGGUUACUCUCCAGCAGCACCGGCUCCCACUUACACAAACCUCAAUUCUCACUCUCAGCCUGGACAUUGCUCUCACUCUCGUUCCAAUUCUCAUGCUAGAAGUCCUUUAAGCGUCAGCGAAAUAUCCCCGAAUGUGGAUUUGCUAGACAUGGAUGUGGCGAGCCAGAUGAGUGUAUCAGAGAUGACUGUUUCACCCGUUUCAUCGCAUCGAAGCAACUAUAUACCUAUAUCACUUAUGCCAGGACGACCUCCAAAUGUCGAGACCGAUUCUCUCCUUGACCGUGAAGUGGAAUCGGAAAUGGCUCAGACUCCAGCACAAGUCCCUGAAGACUUGAUUCGACUGGCAACACCGAACUUACCAUCGCGAUUAGAUACGCCUCAUACACCACCUCCACGAUUCAGUGUUCCAGUAAACCUGGCCGAGUCUCGCCCAAACGAAAUUCCUGCUGUUACUACAGGUCCAACACCAUCGGACUUUUCGAUCAACCAUGGCGGACUUGUCCAAGCUGCCAGGCGCUUUGAAGCCUUCCGAGGAACAACACAGCAUCACCAAUACAUGGCCCUGAGGCCUGACAUGGGUACACGAUCACUCCCACUAGGCACGGUCACCCACGUUCGUGCGGGAUCCGACCUAGAUCCUUCUUCAUCUGCAAGUCAGGGUUUGCGAAGGAAGCCCCUGAACGAGGGGGCAAGGAUGAUUGAGUUCAACCAUGCCACCAACGAAAGCCUUUUUGUUGCUGUCAUAUGUAUGGCACAGGUUCUGACAUAUGCCAGUCUUGCACAGACACUGACAUCUGCCCGACGAAUUGGAGAGUCAUUCUUCGAACCAAAGCGCACAACACACCUUGCUUGGUUCACAUCAGCGUAUGCACUGAGUUAUGGCGCAUCCACUCUUUUUGGCAACCGGAUCGGGAAUGUCUGCGGACAAAGAUAUACCUUCAUCGCUGGAUACAUUUGGUUCGCCCUUUGGAGUCUGCUUACUGGUCUCAGUGUGUAUGUACAGACGAGCGCAAAUGGAGGAGCCGUGUUCUUCUGCUUCUGUCGAGCUAUGCAAGGCAUCGGCCCUGCACUUACUAUUCCAAAUGGACACGGAAUGCUGGUGAGGGCUUAUCCUCCUGGGCCUCGCAAGAUGCUUGUGAUGGGAUUCUUCGAUACCUCCGUCCCUUUCGGAUUUGUUACUGGAUCGGUAAUGACAGGAUUGUUUGCCAAUUAUGCCUCGUGGCCAUGGGCCUUUUACUGCUUGGCCGGCGUAUGUACAGCCCUAGGUAUUUCAAGCAUCCUUGUCAUCCCGGCAAAAAGAGUCUUGGUCUACAAUUUCGAAGGCAACUUGUGGAAGCGGUUAGACAUAUUGGGUUUCGUGUUUGGAAUCGCUGCCUUGAUUUUUUUCAGCGUUGGUUGGAACCAGGCGCCCAUUGUGGGAUGGGAUACUCCCGAGACGUACAUCUUGAUCAUUGCAGGAAUCAUACUUAUACCGCUAUUCACUUUCCUCGAGUCACAGGCCAGUCACCCGUUGGUGCCCUUCAAGCAGAUUCACCUGGCUGCUGGUAUCACACUCGGCUUCGUAACGGCAGCAUCAGCAGCAUUUGGAAUCUGGGCAUGGUAUUUCGUACAGUUUAUCGAAGUUGUCAGGGGUUGGGGUCCUCUUCUCACGAGUGCUGCUCUUGUGCCAGUACUAGUGGUUGGUGUUAUCAUCGCCUUUGUAUGUUGGCCCUUUGCAAAUCGCGAUUUUACAGCACAGUUGAGCAUGGUGGUCUCAUCAAUCACCAUUCUGGUUAGCUCAGCUCUCCUGGCUUCAGCCCCAACUCAACAAGCAUAUUGGGCCAACUCAUUUGUCAGUGCCAUCUUCAUGGGAGUUGGUAUGGUGUUGAUUGUUCCCGCUUCCUCAACUGUGCUCGGACGAGAUGUGCCAGAGGGACAACUGGGACUCGCAAACAGUAUCACCAAUACAGCAGCAGCUUUCGCCUUUUCAGUAGGGCUGGGCAUGGCUGGAGCUGUGGAAAUGGGCAAGGGCGGUGACAAGGAUCCCUUGGGAGGAUAUCGGGAUGCGCAAUACUUUGGCCUAGGACUAGGAGGGCUGGCCUUUAUCUUAGCUCUGGGCCUGUUGUGCGCGGCGUUACUCAGACGCCGAGGUGAGUGAUUUUGAUUGUUUGCAUGGCGUUCCAAGAGCUUGGAGACUUUGAGCCUUAUAUAUACCCCGUGAGCGUAGCAGGAGAUUUACAAAAGCUAAUAAAAACGUACAUUUUUCACAAUAAAGACAUGCGUUAAGUUAAAAAGGUUGCCCGUUCUUUUCGGUUUCUCUCUUGUCUUCUUCGUUGAAUCCUCUUGUGUCUGUACAUACAAACUCCAAUCCGAUGCCGUAUCAUACGAGCAUGGCGACCGCGGGAUUUGGGAUAUAGAGCCAUGUGGGAAAGCCAAACCAAGCAAAGCACUUUGGAAAAUCAGAUACCGUCCAACGCCAGAGAAAUACAUGUCAAUCCCUUCUUUCUUUCUUCCUUUCCCUCCUCCUAGAUUCCAUGGUUUUCGAUCCCCAUUCCCUUUAAGCAGCUUUCGU